UUAUGAAGUUUCACUCUGCUUUCACUAAUCGUAAUAACUCCCUUGGCCUUCAACGAAUAUAAUAUAUUUUUAGUUUGUGUGUAUAUUUUCUUGUGGUAACUGCCUUAGUCUUUGACGAUUAUAUUUAAUUGUGUAUGCUUUGAUGGUCGGUGAAGCUCCUUAAUAUGGCAAUAAACUUUUACAAAGAAAUGAUAGGAGGACAGAAGAUACCCUCGAUAGGUUUGGGUACAUGGAUGUCCACAGAUGAAACAGAAUUGGAGACAGCGCUUAACGCAGCUAUAGAAGCAGGUUACCGUCAUAUAGAUACUGCUAUUGUUUACCAUAAUGAAUCUUUGAUUGGUCGAAUUUUGAAAGGCUGGUUUUCUUCUGGAAAACUACGCAGAGAAGAUUUUUUUAUAACCACAAAAUUACCGAUUGCUGGAUUACAUGAGGACAGAGUUGAAAUGUUCAUUAAAAAAUCAUUGGAAAAUCUCCAGCUGGACUAUUUGGAUUUGUAUUUGAUUCAUUUUCCUGUAGCUAGUAAUUAUGUUGGACUUGAUGUUACACCACCAGAUCAGUUUAAACUAGAACCAGUUGAUCAUCAUCUUGUUUGGAAGAAAAUGGAGGAGCAAGUUGAUGCAGGUCGGACAAGAGCUAUUGGUUUAUCAAAUUUCAAUGAAAAUCAAAUCCAAAAACUUUUAAAAUCGUGUAGAAUUCAACCCGCUUGUCUACAAAUAGAAGUUCAUUUGUUCAUGCAGCAAAAAGAAUUGAUUAAUUUUUGUCACAAGAACCACAUUCUUGUUAUCGCAUAUUCACCUCUGGGUAAUCCUGGAUAUAAUAAAUUUUUGAAUGUCAUAGGUCAAAAGGAAAAGCAGCUGCCUUCUGCAUUAGAUAACCCGAUAGUCAAAAGUGUGGCAGAUAAAUACAAAAAGUCUCCUGGACAGGUUUUAUUGAGGUUCUUAAUAGAGAAGGAUAUAAUACCAAUACCUAAAAGCGUUUCUCCAAAGAGAAUUCGUGAAAAUAUCGACGUAUUCGAUUUUACCUUAGACAAAGAAGAUAUUCAUAAAUUGGAAAAUGUUGAUAGAGGGGAAGAAAGUCGUAUUUGUGAUUUUUCGUUUUUUCCUCCGUUACUGGAGAGUGAGCAUUUUCCAUUUGUGAAACAACGAGUGUAGAUUUCACUCUUCUCAUAUGCAUUUAUAGGAAAAAUCAAUUCCACUAUGCUGACAUUAUAAAUAAAUUAGUUAUAAAUGGGAUAUUUCUUCAUAUUUUGUCAACGCUGAUAGAAAAAUUGGAUUGAUACAACCAUAAUAGAGACUAAAGUCAUUUACGCCGAUCACUUAUUCCGCACUGGAUAGCACAAAGCUUAUUUAGUAUAAUUAUUUGGUGGGGACCUUUAGAACCUGCUAACAUUUAAUGUAAAUUAGAUUUAUUUGUUCUAAUAAUGUAUUUUGGUAAAUAGAGACCGAAUAAAUUUAGACAUAUUUCUCAAUUUUAUCAAUAAACCUCAAGAUAAAAGAAAUGAUAAAAAUUAUCUUCAAGAUUUCAUGUAAAAGGUUUUAACAUUGACGUAACUUUUAAAUUUAAUCCCGACGGUUGAGCGUUCAUCACUAUAUCAGAUAAUGAAAGACUUUCGUGAAUUUAGUGUCAAAAUCAUAUUUGAAAUGUAGAUUUAUCAGAGGAAAGAACUUUUUUUAAAAAAAUUGAUUCUCUGUUAUAUUGUUUCAUUAUAAUUUCACAAAAUUCAAUCCGUCUAUCAGAGGCAUAGAGACUUGUAAUGAAAACCGUGCUCCAAAAAUGUAAUUUUGAGAAAAAACAUAGUUUAUCCAUAUUCUAAAAUUGUUUGACCUCAUAUUUUUGUUACUUUGUUUUCUAGUAGUUAAGAAAAUUUUGCUAGACUCUUCACAAAAGCUCAAGAAUAUUAUAAAAAAUUAAAAAGCGUUUUUUAAUAAAAAAAAAAUUACAUUA